UUCGGAAUUCCAGCAGGAACUGUGAAAAUGACAGCUAUACUUCAAAAGUGACCUUAGAUUUUGAACAAAAAGUUCGUCUGAGGAGUUUGUCAAAAGCUAAAAGGUUUAGUAACUAUAAUCAGAGCAUCAAAGAGGAGAGUAAGCAGACUGAUUGCCCUGACUGGGUUCCAGUUCGCCAACCAACUUUGGAGACAUCUACAAUAGAUAUGGAUAGCAAAACUCUGCAAGAGAUAGAGAAAGCUUUGGAAGAAGCUAAAAACAAUCUUAAGUGUUUGAAGACUAUAGAGGAGAUACUUGAAAACUUCGUCAUCGAAGCAAAGCAGGAAGAAAGCAAGAUUGCAGAUGUUGUUAAUACCAAGUUUGCAGACUUUAUUGCUACCCUAAAUUCAAGGAAAAGGAAACUAGAAACAGAGUUGGUAAUGAACACCAGUUACUAUAUAACUGAUAUACAUAAUGUUCGGGCCUCGGUUCUACAGAAAAAAUGCAAUUUGGAUGCAGCCAUAAAGGCAGCAAGAGCGUUGAAAGCAAAUCAUUCCAUAAAACCUUGCUACAAUUUAAAUCAGAUUCUCUGCAACUUAAAAAUGACAGUUGAGGACGAAGUCUUAAAACUAGAUAAUCUGAAAAAAAGAACACUUCCAAGGUUUUACCUGAACUGUGAUGAGAUUAUCCCUGUGUUCGAAAACAUGGGGAAAUUUUCCUAUGAUAUCCCCAAUAUGCAAACUUUGGGAAGCAGACCUCUAAAAUUGAGCGAUACAGAAGUGGAAUUUAUUGCUGAUGCUCCAACUCAAAUAAAUAUAAAACCUGAACCGCUUGUUGAAGAAAUUGGUGCAGUUGCUUCUCUGCGAAAAUCUGAUGCACAUCUCAAAGGAAAUGGCAUCCAGCUCCAAGAAAUGGCUCCAUCAUCCACUCAGAAAAGUGUUGCUGCUUUAUCUCAGUCAGAAUCCACCCCAGAUGUCAUAAUUGAAGAAAUAAUUGAAAAUGAUGAAGAAAACUCUACUGAAUUAGUUAUUGUCAGUUGUGUGCUAAAUCCUAGCCACUUCUAUGUUCGGAAAGUUUCACAAAAGAAAACUGCAGUUCAUCUGGAAAAAAUGCUGAAGUUAUUUUGUACUAAGAAAAGUUCAUCCCCAAGCGACGUCUUGGAAAUAGGUACGGGAAUCUUCGUUAAAAGUAAAAAACAUGGAAUUUGGUGCCGGGCAAAAAUAAUUGAACUAAUUCCAUUGCAGAAGACAAAUGAGGGGAAACCCUGUGGUCCAACAAAAUACAAAAUUGGUGAUAUUGCUGUGAUGAAAAUAUUCCUUAUAGACUUUGGGCACCCUGAAGCUUUAAUUGUUUCAGGAGUACCAAAUGAAGUUAUUGUGAAUCCAGAACAUGUCACGCUAGAAUAUAUAGUGAUUGAAGACUUAUGCUUGCUUGUACGGAAGCCUGAUUCUCUUAUGGACGCACAACUUAGAGGUAUAAAUAAGUUAGCGCUCCAAUGCUCCCUGAAGGAUAUCGUUCCCAAAAAUUCAAGUGAAAGUUGGAGUAAAGAAGCAAGGACAGCAUUUUUGGGAAUGGUAAAUUACAAAGCUGUUCUAAUGAAAGUGUUCAGAGAAGAGGAUGGUGUUCUUAUUGUAGAUCUAAUGAAACCUCCAGCAAACAAAAUAAGCAGUGACAUGCCUGUAUCUCUCAGAGAUGCCUUAGUUUUUUUGGAUUUAGCAAGCUUUUGCAAUGAGCUUUCUGACCAGUCUGAAGAUGAUGUACCACUGCAGUACUGCCCUCCUGUGAUACCACAAGAAGAUACAGAAGUUGCAGUUGUUGUUAGUUACAUUAAAAAUCCUGGUGACUUUUGUAUUCAGCUGCUGGAGGAAGGUCCAGAAUUUGCAGCUUUCCUGAGCAAAGUGGAUGAAGUGUAUAAAAAUGAAGGUGGAGUCAGCUUGGAAGUUCUCUGUCCAGUCCAGGGUCAACCAUGCAUAGCAAGAUUUGAAGAUGGAGUUUGGUACAGAGCACAGGUUAUUGGAUUGCCAGGCCAUCAAGAAGUUGAGGUGAAAUAUGUUGACUUUGGCAAUACUGCUAAAAUAAAUGUGAAAGAAAUGUGCAAAAUAAAAGAUGAGUUUUUAGCCCUCCCAGCAAAGGCCAUCAGGUGCAAGCUGGCUCAUAUCAAACCAUGUGAAGGAGAAAAUGAAUGGAGUUCUAAAUCAAAGGACAGAUUUGAAGAAUUGAUUCAAAACAAAUGUAUGCUCUGCUUUGUUAUUGAGAAAUCGCAAGACAAUGUACUAACUGUCAAGCUCCAUGAAAGUGUGGGUGAAUCACCAGAGCUGUCUUGUAGUGUUAACAGCCUCUUGGUUAAAGAAGGUCUGGCAUCCUACAUAACAAGCAAUAGCCAAAUGACUGCCAGCUGCCACAAUGAAGUAUGGGAUCCUGCUCUAGAGGAAACCUUUGAAAAGGCAACAAAAGAUGUGUUAAAACCUGGGAAGGAAGAUUUGUCACAGUCUGAAGAUUUGAGAUUAGAUUGCAACAAAGAAUUGCAAGUGCAGAUUAAUCACAUUGUAUCCCCAAGCAAGAUCUUCGUGCAUUUUAUGUCAUCAGAACAAAUUCUGAGAAGUUUACAGGAAAAAAUGGCUGCCACUUACUUUGAAUCUGUGAGUAAAACAGUUCAGUGGGAAGUGGAUAUGAGUUGUGCUGCAUAUAUAUGUGAUCUGAAUCAAUGGCAAAGAGGCCAGAUCCGCAGGAUUCUUUCAGAAAGAGUGGUGGAGGUGUUCCUCAUUGAUUUGGGCAUAGCCAGAACUGUGGAUACUGUGUGUCUAAGAGAACUAGAACAGUUUCUCAAGACAGUCAGGCCUCUUGCAGUGGAGUGCUCCUUAACAGACAUACGACCAGCCGGUGGGACUGAGCAGUGGACAGCAACUGCAUGUGAUGCUCUUUCACAUUAUUUAACUGGAGCUGUGGUAAAUCUAAUAAUACAGGAAAAUCACUCUUCACCUCUACCUGUGAAAAUAUUUAGCAAAAGUGGCGGGUUGUGUACUGACAUUUCAGAAUACAUGAUUAAAGAAGGCUUGGCACUAAGAAAAAGAAGAGCAUCUAAAACAGACUCAAGUACAGCAUCCUCUGUCAAACUACAUGAAAUGCCUUUCCAGUCCAAGAAUGCAGAGAUAAACCAGUUGCUUGUAGUAACAGAAUGUACACCAAGCCCUUCUAAACCAGAGAAGGACCCUGAUCCUUCCGUUACAAAUUGCAAAGAGCAAGAAUCUCAGAUCUCUGUGGCUCAGCCUAUAGCUCAGGCUGUCAUGGUUGAGUCCUACAAACCACCCGUUAUCCCUUGCUUGGACUGCUUCAGCGCUCUAGUCAGCUGUGUUUCGGACAGCGGGACUAUUUAUGUGAUUCCAAAGUCACAAGAACAACAGCUAAGCAAGUUGAUGAGUGACAUACAGAAUAACUUCCAAUGUCUAGGGCUUCUGGAACCCUACAGCUGGAAAAGAGGAGAGGCUUGUGUUGUAAGAGCUGCAGAUACAAUGUGGUAUCGAGGGGAAGUUAGAGAUGUUGGUGGUGGCAUUAUCAGAGUGCAGUACGUGGACUAUGGAUAUAUUGAGAAAAUUCCUCAGUGCCAUCUCUAUCCAACUAUUUUGUAUGCUGACAUACCUCCAUUUUCCAUACCAUGUCAGCUGUAUAAAACUGUACCAGUUGGAAAUGUUUGGCAGCCAUAUGCAGUUGAACUUCUUCAAGAACUGCUCACGAAACGAUAUGUUGAAAUAGACAUUAAGGAACGGCCAGACAACCCCUUGGGGAACGUCUCCAUUAAACUCUGUUUUGCUGGGAUGUCACUUUCUUCCUUCAUGGCGUAUCAUAAACAUUGCAUUAGUGAAGACUAUGAUGGCUGUAUACCAAAACUGGAUAUAACAGACUGCAGUGAAGAUCAUUUAGAGGAAAAUUGUGAAAUCAGUCAUGAGGAGUUACUCAUGUCUGAAGUAGACACUCCUCUUCUGCCACCAUAUACGUCACCAUUGCUGCCUGUUCUUGGAGAACUCUUUCCAGUGAAAGUAACACACAUUGUGUCACCUAAUGAGGUGUACAUUUCCCUUGAGCAGUCAUACGAUGCUAAUCCGCACAAUGACACAAAGGACAGAGGAAUUGUCUCGGAUUCUGAAACUUUGGAUCAAACCUUGAGUCAUUGUAAUCAGAACAUAGAGUCCAUCCCUUCUCUAACAGAUUUUCGAAAAGACAUGCCUUGCCUUGCAAAGUAUAGAGAUGGCUCCUGGUACCGGGCAAAACUCCUCUCAAUUAAAGAGUUCAAUCCUCUUUCGGUUCUGGUGGAAUUUGUUGAUUAUGGAUCAACUGAUAUAUUGCACACAAGCAGGUUACGUCAGAUCCCUCCUCACUUCAUGCAAUACUGUGUUCAAGCAAUCAGAGUCUUGCUGGCUGGAUUCAAGCCUGCUUUGUGUGAUCCAGCAUCAGAAAGAAUUCCUUAUUGUCCUGAAUGGAGCUUAGAAGCAUUGUGGACCAUGAUGGACUGCUUCCAAGGGAAAAAUCUCUAUGCUUCCUCACUGACACACUCACCAGAACAUACCGUGUUUUUAUACGAAGAUGGACACCUGUUUCACAUGAAGCUAGUAGAAAUGGGAUUUGCAGAGUUAACCUAGUGACAAAUGCAGAGCUUGUGACAAGAAUAAACCUAAAUAGAGAGU